AUGGCCUCCCCAUUUGUAAUACCACCAGUCGACAUUCCAAAAUUUGACGGAGAUUAUUUAAAGUGGCCACGAUUUUGCGACAUCUUUACGGAACUAGUACACAAUCAAGAGUAUAGCGAUGCUGUAAAAUUCCGGUACCCGGAGAAUCACGUGAUUGGAGAGGCCAAGAAUCUAAUCUCCACAACAUUUGGAGGACACGCCAGAUAUCAAGAGACCUGGCAGCGACUAAAGGCACGAUAUCAGAAUGAAAGAAUCCUCAUCAAAUCAACACUUGCAACCUUGUUUGCCCAUCCAAAAACAAGUCAGCAGAUCAACUACGCAACUUACAUGAUGCAGUGCUUAGAACGAUUACCGCCCUUCACGCCCUGA